AUGGAGCAAUCUCCUCAAGGCUCCGCGCAGCAGGGCAGACAGCAACCGCAGCCGAUUUACGACGUUAGAAAUGGGGGUCAUUAUGGUAAGUUCCAAGCUUAUUGUUGCGCCAAACCUACGUGCCAAAGCCACGCGCCGAGGUCUGUUAAAGGGCUACUCUGCUGGCUUAGUGCUAGCGCAGCGGUAAACCAAGGCCUCCAAGGGACUGCGCGUGAUAUCCUGACGACAUACUGGCAACAUGUCAUCAACCACCUGGAGUCAGACAACCAUGACUACAAGAUCCACCAGUUGCCAUUGGCCCGUAUCAAGAAGGUGAUGAAGGCGGACCCGGAAGUCAAGAUGAUAUCUGCAGAGGCGCCCAUCUUGUUUGCUAAGGGUUGUGAUAUUUUCAUCACCGAGCUGACUAUGCGUGCCUGGAUUCACGCCGAGGACAAUAAACGUCGUACCCUCCAGCGAUCUGAUAUUGCCGCCGCUCUGUCCAAAUCGGACAUGUUUGACUUCCUGAUUGAUAUAGUUCCCCGCGAAGAGGCAACCUCUCAUGCCAAGCGGUCGAGUCAGGCUGCCGGUAGCGCCCCAGGACCCUCUGCUGCCCCAGGUCAGCUGCCCCCUGCCCCGCAUGGAGUUCAACCGCACCAGCACAUGGGCCCUGCCGACUACGCCUCCCUUGGCCAGCACGGUAUGCCUCAGGACCAGGAGUAUCGCCCACAACCUGCCAUGUACCCCGGGGCAGUUCAGUCAGACCCAACUGCGGCGUAUGGUCAACCUCAGUCCCAAAUGUUCGAAGGGAUGUACGCCUACCCGCAUCUCCCUCCCCAGCAGUGA